UUAGCUGUGAUCAGGAAUGCAUCACAUUUGGUGUUGCACCAAGCUCGAGUCUCUGGAGUACUGGCCAAGCCCCAGGGCACUGGGUUUUGGGUGCUACUUUGUACACAUAUUUAUCUUUUUGUGGACAUCUCUUUUGCCUGAUGUAGGGGAGGGCCACUCAUAGCAGUGACUUUUUUGAUUUCACACUCCUUGUCCCUGUUCCCCUUUCCACAAUAGCUGCAAUGUAAUGUUUCAGUAGAGCAAGGCUUUGCAAAUUUGGCUCAAUGAGACAUGGAGCAAACAGCUUUUCAGAGAGCUUCAGCUCAGCUGUCAGAAGGGGCAGUUUGGUCUUUGUGCAAGCAGUACUCGCAUUCCAAACUGCAUUAGGGAAAAGCUGCUGGGUUUUUAUGCAUUUUUAUUAUCAGUUCCAGAUUAGGAAUCUGAUACUAAUUUUUUCUUAAAGCCAGUGUUCAGAGUACAGCUUAUAUUCUAAAACAAAACCAGGAUUGUGAUGUUUUUCUCUUGCUAGCUUGCUCUUUUUUGGUUUGCUCUUUUUUUUCCUCUCCCUGGCUUUACUCCAAGGACCUUUUCUGCUUUUUGCUACACUCUCAAGAUGAAGCACCGGAUGGUUACAGCAGUGCUGGUGGCACUGGUACAGGUUUCACAGAGUUUCCCUGCCUUGUACCACCGAGGCUGGUGGAGGCUGCUGAGGGAAGGAGAUAGCUGUGGAAAAUGUGAUUUGGCACUCUGCUCUGAGCCCAAGGACUGUCCAGCCGGGGCUGUGCUGGAUCGCUGCGGCUGCUGCCCGGAAUGUGGGAACGUGGAAGGUCAGAUCUGCGACUUGGACCAGGGCAAUCAUUUCUAUGGGCAGUGUGGGGAUCACCUCGAGUGCAGGCUGGAUGCCGAUGAAGCAAGGUUUGGGGAAGUCCCUGAACCCCAAUGUGUGUGCAAAUCUCAAGAAAGCAUCUGUGGAUCUGAUGGGAAAACCUAUGAAAACAUCUGUCAGUUCAACAAGGCUUAUGCUGCGAAAAGAAACAUCAGCAUGAAACAUAAAGGGCCAUGUGAAUCAGCUCCUGUUAUUUCUAUGCCGCCUCAGGAUGCCCAGAAUUACACUGGCAAUGAUGUCAUUUUUGGCUGUGAGGUGUCAGCCUAUCCUAUGCCACAGCUGGAAUGGAAAAAAAAGGGGAAUAAAAUGUUUCUGCCAGGAGAUGAUACCCACGUCUCCGUUCAGGCAAGAGGUGGGCCUCAGAAGUAUGGUGUGACAGGCUGGCUGCAGAUUCAAGGACUCAAAAAAUCAGAUGAAGGCGUUUAUAUCUGCCACACCAAAAAUAAGCAUGGUGCAACAUAUGCCUCUGCAAGAUUGAAAGUCAUUGAUGGCCCGUCUCCUGCAUUUGCAUUCACUGCUGGCAGUAGAAGUGCAAGCUACAGCGUUGAAUACGAGGAGUAUUAUGACACCUCUGAUGAGGAAGAUGAUGAAGAAUAUGAAUCCGGGAACUACGAUAAUGAAAACAAUUCUGAAUAAUAAUUUUUAUACAUCUCUUGUCCAAAUCCUUUCACACUGUUAUAUUUACCAGUAGUCUCUGUUCUGUAAAUGGCUCUUGUGAUAACACACAUACUUACUUGUGUAUCCACCUUCCUGAAAUGCAGCUCUGGAUGAAGUGUUUCGUGCUACUCACCAGAAGUAAGAACAGUUGUAACACCAUAUAUUUAGACUAUUAAAUAAAAUGCUUCAGCAUGCACCUUCCCACGAAAUAUGUCAAAGGGAUGAAAUUUUAUAUUAAUUGUUAAAUUAUCUUUUAAUUUCUUUCAGACAUUCUAAUUUGUUCAGCAAAAAUGCCAAUAAUCUAACAAAAUUUUUAUUUUCUAUCAAUUUUCUUUUUUUCUGUAAAGUACUAAGAAAUAUCAAGAGAUUGUUCACAUGGCAACAAACCUAAGUAUGGAGGUAGCAAAACAGUCUUUAAUUUCCUUAGUUCAUGUUUUCUCAUGAGUUUCAGCAGGAUUUUCCUUCUCAUAUGAAAUUUUCUGUGUCUCAUCAAAGGUGAAUUAUCUGUCUUUUGGGGGAUGUUUUUGUUUACUGUUAAUAGAUACGUGAAGCAAUCAUGGUCUAAAGGCAGUAGGUGCUGACUUACUGUCAAUACUCAAACACAGCCAGAAAAGAUUCCUUGUGCAUUCAAACUUCUGAGCACACUUUUGGGCUCCUUCUGAUUCUGCAGCAGCUCCUGCAUUGCUGCCCCCAGCAAUGUCUCCCUCCCAGCACCCUUGGGGCAGUUCAGGUUUGGGAUCAUGAUCUUCCCCCAAACAGGAUGCUGGUUGGUGGGAAUUCCUGCAGUUAAAAGGCAGCAGCUGCUCUGUAGCUCCAUGCAGGCCCUCCAAACACACAGGGAUUGCACUCUGGAGCCAGGAUCUGUGCUCUGUCUGGGGCUGUGAACAAGUUACCCCCAUCCCUGAGCCAUCAGCAUUGCCAGGCUGCUGAAAGAGCAGCAAACCAGCAGAACACAUGAACAUUGUUCCAACUGCCCCAUGAACCAGACAGCAAAGGAGAUGGAGUCAAAAGCACAGCACUUCCAAGGGCUGAAUGAGCACCCUGAGAAAUUUCUCUGAUUGCUUGUGUUAACUAAUUAAUGAAGGCUGGCUCUGAGUUAAUGGGCAAUGCAAAACACCAACCCUGCUCUUACACCUCUGGUUCCCACUGGCUGAGGGCAGACGAACAGCAGUAAAGGACUGAGCACAUCCAGGACGAAGGCAGCAGAAGCCCUGGCAUGAGCAGGGGAAGCCCUGGCAUGAGCAGGCUGGGGCACGGCCCGAGCAGUGCCCUGCACACACAGAGCUGUCCCCUCUGCACUCACUGGGACAGGGAGCCUUUAAAGGCACUGGACACGCACACUGUGUAGAAUUUUUAAUGCAUAUACAAUGCCUCACAAAUUCUUCUUUUAAUGUGUUAUUUGUGCCUUUUCUUGCUAUCAGAAAGAUUUUUCUUUUCAAUUUGAAAUUCUUUAAGAAAUUGGCUAUAGACAGUGUUUGCCCUGAGGUAUUAUUGACCUCUGUCCAGCAAACAAGCAAAGAAUAAUUUAUCUCAUUUCAGGCUUCAUGGGGUAUUGUCAGCUUAUGAGAAGAAAGUGUGUCAUUGUGUUAUUGAAAAAGAUUAAUUAGUUUUAAUUAGGAAUAGGAAAUGGCUGGCUUAAUAUUUAACUAUUGAUUUUGGUUUUAUGGACUCUUCCUGGUCUUGUGAUAUGUUAAUAACUUUUUUUUCUUAUCCACUAUAUAUUAACAUAAAACUAUCUGAUAGAAAUUACUGAUUACUUUUUAUGGAACUAUUUAAUAUGCAAACAUAUCCUCAAGAUCAGUUGUGAUCUGCAUUGCAAAUUAAUGAAUUAGAUUACUAAAGUAAUCACUAAAUGGUGGCAAUAUAGAUUGGUAUAAUAUAGUACAUGGCACAGAAAAUAAUCUUGAAAUCAUUAGCCAUCGAAAGAAAUUAGAAUUCUUGAGGGCCUUUUGCUGUUGUUAAUGGAAAAUGAAAAACAGAAAGAAAAGAAUGUUUAAAUGAGAACAUGUGCAGCAGAACUCCAGCAAAUACAUGCAAGUGCUUGUCCUGAUGGAGUAUGUCUAUUUAAGAAAAGCUAAGGGUCUCAGAACAAAGAAUUCUAAAUGAAAUACACUGCAUUUCUCUCUCUA